GUGGGAGGGUGCGAGGUGUGAGCAUGCAGUGAGGUGGCGGGGCGGCGGCGUUUUGUCCCCUCCCCCGGAACCGGGCGCCGAGAUGUGGUUGAAACCCGAAGAGGUGCUGCUGAAGAACGCCCUGAAGCUGUGGCUGACGGAGAAAAACCACAAAUACUUCGUCUUGCAGCGGCGCAGAGGGUACGGCGAGGGAGGCGGUGGACUAACGGGUCUCCUUGUUGGAACACUUGACACUGUGUUUGAUUCAACUUCCAAAGUAGCUCCAUAUCGCAUCCUACAUCAGAUACCAGAAUCGCAGAUUUAUUGGUCAAUUGCCUGUGGAGCCAGCAGUGAAGAAAUAAACCAACACUGGGAAUGGCUGGAGAAAAAUGUGAUGCCAAUACUUUCCAUAUUUGACAGUAAUGAAGAUGUUACCAGCUUUAUUCAGGGAAAAGUACGGGGGCUAAUAGCAGAAGAAUCUCAAAGUACAUCAAUAAAGCAGGAAGAUGACCCUGAGAAAUUUCGAGAGGUCUUGUUGAAGUUUGAUAAGUGGUUUGGACUGCCUGAGCAAGAGAAGUUGGUGACCUACUAUUCGUGCAGUUACUGGAGUGGAAGGGUACCGUGCCAAGGCUGGUUAUACCUCAGUGCCAAUUUUCUCAGCUUCUAUUCCUUUUUCCUGGGCAAGGAAGUUAAGAUUAUUAUUCCCUGGGAUGAAGUAUCACAGCUUACAAAGACAACAAAUGUAAUCUUCUCUGAGAGUAUACACAUUUGCAGUCAUGGAGAAGACUAUUACUUUUCAAUGUUCAUGCAUUUAAAUGAAACAUUUUUGCUGAUGGAACAGCUGGCAGAUUAUGCUGUAAAGAGAUUAUUUGAUAAAGAAACCUUUGAAAUGGAUUUAUUGCUCGAUGAUCAUUUACAAAUAACAAAAAGACUUUUGGAGAAUCGAGCGAGGAAUGAAUAUUUCACUGCACUCUUUAGGCUUCCCAGGGAAGAAAGUCUGGAUGACGUACUUGACUGUUUUCUUUGGAUUCCCUUUUACCAUACCCAUGCAUUUGGGAAAAUGUUCAUUUCGGAAAAUUACAUCUGCUUCAGUAGCCAGGAUGGAAAUCAUUGUAAUGUAGUCAUUCCACUGCGGGAGGUCACUGGUAUGGAAACGCCAGGUGGUUCAGGCAAACACAUCUCCUUCAGUACCAGAAGUAAAAUAACAUUUCGCUUCACUGAAAUUAAGGACAGUGAUGGUCUGACGAAGAAACUCCAAGGGAAGCUGAAGUGUGGCACGAGUGGAAGCACACAAGACACUUUAGGAAAAGGAGAGGAAUCUUGUCUACAAGUUGCUCAGGGAGAUGAUGCCUUCCUUGGGCACAGUGAUUCCAUGUUUUCACUUACUGGUGAACAACAUAGUGCAUUACUGAAAGAAAGCAAUAAAACAGUCAAUACCGAAGCAUUAAUGCGAGCCUUUCAUCCACAAGAGGCAGAAAAUCUGGAUUCAAAAAUGUUAAAAGAAAAGAUGAAGGUGCAGUCAUGGAACAUUCAUUUUGUAGAAUAUGGUCAAGGAGUCUGUAUGUUUCGUACAAAAAAGACUCGAGAACUGGUAAUGAGAGGAAUCCCAGAAGCUUUAAGGGGAGAACUUUGGCUGUUGUUUUCAGGUGCAGUUAAUGACAUGGCUGCUCACCCAGGCUAUUAUACGCAAUUGGUGGAAAGGUCGAUGGGCACCUGUACUCUGGCUACUGAUGAAAUAGAACGUGACCUACAUCGCUCACUGCCUGAACAUCCAGCUUUUCAAAGUGAUACAGGCAUCUCUGCACUGAGAAGAGUUCUCACAGCCUAUGCUUCCCGGAACCCGAAGAUAGGCUAUUGUCAGGCGAUGAAUAUUUUGACAUCUGUUUUACUACUUUAUGCAAAAGAAGAAGAAGCCUUUUGGUUACUGGUUGCUGUGUGUGAAAGGAUGUUGCCAGAUUAUUUCAAUCGUCGAAUAAUUGGUGCUUUGGUGGACCAGGCAGUGUUUGAAGAAUUCAUUAGAAGUCACCUUCCUCAGCUGACUGACCACAUGACAGAUAUGACUUUCUUCUCAUCUGUUUCCUUGUCCUGGUUUCUCACUAUCUUCAUUUCUGUGUUGCCCAUCGAGAGUGCAGUGAACGUCGUCGAUUGUUUUUUCUUCGAUGGUAUAAAAGCAAUCCUACAGCUGGGCCUGGCCAUUCUAGAUUAUAACAUGGACAAGCUGCUACUCUGCAAAGAUGAUGCUGAGGCAGUCACCAUUUUAAACAAAUUUUUUGAUAACGUCACCAACAAGGAUAGCCCUUUACCACCAAUGGUGCACCAUCCUGUUCUAGAUUGUGAUGACAAGCAUCCUCAUCCUAAAGUGGACAUAACUGAACUUAUCCGGGAAUCUUAUGAGAAAUAUGGUGAGGUUCAAUCAAUGGAAGUUGAAAGUCUGCGACGUAGGAGCAGGUUAUAUGUCAUUCAGACUCUAGAAGAUACUACAAAACAAAAUGUGCUGCGGGUUGUAUCUCAGGAAGUGAUGUUCAGCUCUAAAGAUUUGGAAGACCUCUAUGAGCUAUUUAAGCGAGAGCAUUUCCUGAGCUGCUACUGGAUUUCACAUAGUUCAGCACUCAAACACCAUGAUUCUAGCCUCCCAUAUCUAGAACAGUAUCAAAUCGACAGUAAGCAGUACCGCAGGCUGUUCAAGCACUUGAGUCCGUGGUCUCAUUCUGCAAAUGCAGAUUCAUUAGCAAUGUGGAGCUUUCGGCUUCUAGAUGAAAAUUUGGACAACCUGAUCAAUUUCAAAGAAUUUGCGUCUGUUCUAGAUGUGAUGUACAAUGGAUCAUUUACAGACAAAAUGAAAUUGCUUUUUAAAUUACAUAUUCCACCAGCAUUUAUUGAAGAUGAAGGAAUAAUUCCCAUGGCGUCAAAACACCCAGAACUUUUUGAAGGAGCAAAGACCUAUGGUGAUCAGCUUAAUGGAAGUAACAAAGGGAAGGUUGAUAUCCAGUCCUAUUUGAAACAGUGUCAUGACGAACUGGUGCGGAAGGAAGAAAGUAUCCGAGCCCUCCCCAGGAUAAAUCAGUCGCAAUUUGUCCACUUUUCCAAGACGCUAUACAAUCUGUUCCACGGUGAUCCCAACGAGGAAGCACUCUACCGAGCUAUAACUACUGUCACCAGCCUCUUGCUUCGAAUGGAAGAAGUGGGACGAAUGUUGAACAGCCCCAACUCCCCCAUCCACAGUGCAUCAGUUGCAAGCCACAACUGCCGAAGCAGCAGUGAUGGCCAAGAGACCCAGAAGGCCGAAGAAGCACUCCAGGAAUCUAACACUGACAUUGGUUGGACCUUUGCCUUUGAACAGAUACUGGCAUCGCUGUUGAAUGAACCAGUUCUGGUUACAUUUUUUGAAAAACAUUUUGACGUAAAGGUAAAAAUAGAACAAACUAAAUCUUUUCAACUGAAGGCUAAAUAUCAGCCAACAACCAAUGACUGAGUUUGUGGUGUGAUUCCCAUAUGCAAUAUUCCAUUCUGCAUUGAUGCAAGAAUAUGAUGCAAGAAGCUCUGAAUCUCUUCAUUGGUGGACAAUAGGUAAAUGCCUCAGCCAUUUCGCAAGAUGUUUCUCUACUGCCUUGCCUGCCACAGGUUUUACCCUGUUAAUUAAUGCCUCUGUUAAAAUAGCAUGGAAAUUUGCACAAAUGAAGUUAUUAAUUAUUCUCAUAACUGACCGUGAUGUCUAGGCUGCAGUUUUACUUUGGAGCAUAGGAUAUCAGUUUAAUAGAUUUUGUACAAGCACAAAACUACCUAUCCAUUCCUGACACUGAAUGAGUUUGUUUGCUCCCCCUGGGCUGGUGUAAGGGUGUUUCUGAGAUCUCUUAUAUGAAAUGGGAUGCUGAAACAUGUUGAAAGACAAACUGACUUAAGGAAAUUUGGUCAUGAAAUCAUAUUGUUCUGCUCAAUUCUGUAGCAGACUUUUGUUUUUGUUCUGUACUUGUUCACCACAAUUUUGUUCUGAGCUCUCCUUUCAGCCUGUAGAGGGCGCCCACAUAAUAUUUUUCCCAUUGGUUAGAGAAUAAGAUUUAAAAAAUGUGCUGUCCUUUUAUAGUUUAAGCAGUCACUGGACCGUAGGCAAAUGCAUUUGAUUUAUACUCGUGUUUGUUUUUUAAUAUUAAAAAAAAAACUAUUUGUAGCUCUUCAAAUUGUUAGAAAAGGGAAUCUUUAAAAACAAAUAGUCCUGUAUUUUUGAAGUAUGUUGCACACUUGUACAAUUUCAGAAGUUUAUCAAUCUAUAUUAGCUUUCUUGCGUAAAAAUGUUUUUGUAUGAAACUAUAAUUAUAGCAUACAGUAUAUUUAAAGAGGACUGAGCUAUUUAGUGAUCUGAUCAUCCUGAUAUAGUAAUUACAAAAAUGUAUAAUUAUGAAAUUUAUAUGCGUCCUUACAGUUCAAAUAGCAAGAAAAGAAACAUUAGUCACAAAAAUAUACUUUGGUUUACUUGCUGACGUUCACUGAAGAUGGUGCAUUGUUCUAAUUGAAGUGCAAAGGCAGAUUAUAUUCCAUGCAAAAAUUAUAGCACUAUAAAUAUACCAUUGGCUGCUCAAAGUCAUUGCUCUUAAACGUAAACUAAACACUAAAAUAAUUCUGCCAAAUCUUAGUUUUUUAGGAUCAAAUGUAAAAAACAGAUUUAAAGUUAUAAAUGCAACUUUUUGUGCCAAUUAUUGGGGCAGUUGCUUUAUGUUGUAUGUUUAAUUUCUGUAUUCAACUUGUGAUGAUUCCUUGCUUUAAGUUCCUUAGUUUCACAUUGUAAGACAAGCUUACCUCACGGAUAUGUUAAAAAUUAAAUCUUUCGGUUUUCAAUUUAGUGUUUUUUUUUAGUCUGUGUUCUCUGUUCUUUGUUUCAAAAUAAAAUAAAUG